AUGAACAACUCAUUUAAGACUUUCAACAAACACCUUCCUCUUCUUCCCUUUCAUCAUCAUCAUCAUCAUAAAUUCCCUCACCACCACUUUUCUUAUCCAUUCCUCUCACCUUCCUCUGUCAAUUACUCUCGCACAGCCACAAUCUCUUGCUCUCAAUUUCGUUCUUCAUCAUACUCCUCCUCAUCUCAAUCUACUACAUUUAUGGACAUCUUCAAAGCAAUUGCUAAACAAGAAGUUGCAGCUCAUGGUAGUGUUGCUAUCAGAGCUGAUCAGAAGAGUUAUAGUUACAAUCAGCUCAUCUCAUCGGCACAAAAGUUAUCUAAUCUCUUGUGUGAAAAUGAUGUGAAGGGAAAUCUUGGAGGAGCUCGAAUAGGAAUUGUAGCUAAACCGUCUGCCGAAUUUGUUGCUGGAAUACUUGCAACUUGGUUUAGCGGAGGUGUUGUCGUUCCACUUGCGCUCAGCUAUCCAGAAGUAGAGCUCCUGUAUGUGAUGAAUAAUUCGGAUGUGUCUGCAAUACUGAGUACUGAAGAUCAUAGUGAGUUAAUGCAAAGCAUUGCCAACAAAACAUCUUCUCGGUUUUUUCAUAUUCCGCCUGUUCCUAAUAAGUCCUCCGAGAAGAGCAACAAUGGGCAUGCAAAAAAUGGAGAAAGUGAGGCAGACAGAAUUUUCCUGGAAAACAUUGAAAGAUCAAGUGAAGAUCCAGCACUGAUUUUGUACACUAGCGGGACAACAGGUAAACCUAAGGGAGUUGUUCAUACACACAGAAGCAUCCUUGCUCAGGUCCAAGCCUUGACAAAUGCAUGGGAGUACACAUCAGCUGAUCGGUUUUUGCAUUGUCUACCAUUACAUCAUGUCCAUGGGCUUUUCAAUGGUUUAUUGGCCCCUCUCUACGUCGGUUCCUCGGUUGAGUUUCUUCCGAAAUUUAGUGUCAGUGGAAUUUGGAAAAGAUGGCGUGAUUCAUAUCCAACUGAAGGAUAUGAGGCUGAUGAUGCUAUAACUGUAUUCACCGGAGUUCCAACUAUGUACACUCGAUUAAUACAAGGUUAUCAUGCCAUGGAUCCAGAGCUGCAAGCCAUUUCUGCAUCUAGCACAAGGAACUUGCGUCUAAUGAUGUGUGGGUCCUCUGCACUUCCUCAACCUGUUAUGCAAGAAUGGGAGUCCAUCACUGGACAUCGCUUAUUGGAGCGAUAUGGCAUGACUGAAUUUGUCAUGGCACUGUCAAAUCCUUUGAAAGGUGAGCGUAAAGCAGGCACCGUUGGCAAACCAUUACCUGGCGUGCAGGUCAAGAUUCUUGCAGAUGAGGAGCAUGAGAGUGAGGAAUCUGGGGUUGGUGAGCUUUGCAUCAAAAGCCCUUCAUUGUUUAAAGAAUAUUAUAAACUUCCCGAGGUAAUGAAGGAAUCGUUUACAGAUGAUGGAUUCUUUAAGACCGGAGAUGUUGUCACGACCGAUAAAGAUGGAUAUUUCAUCAUUUUAGGACGUAAGAACGCGGAUAUAAUCAUGAACAGUGGCUAUAAGCUCUCUGCAUUAGAAAUUGAAUCAGUAAUAGUAGAGCAUCCAAUUGUCUCAGAAUGUUGUGUUUUGGGAAUACCGGACAAAGUCUACGGAGAAAUUGUCUGUGCAAUUAUCGUGCCAGCCGCAAAGAGCGAACAAGAGUCAAAGCCUGCUCUAAGCCUAGCAGAGUUAACCGCUUGGGCCAAAACUAAACUCGCACCUUACAAGAUACCAACUCGACUUAUCGUGUGGGAGUCACUCCCUCGCAAUGCAAUGGGGAAGGUAAACAAAAAAGAGCUGAAGAAGCUGGUGACUUCGGAAUGA